AUGUUUGGGGCUGCCACGGAGCGGACUGGCUUUCGAACGGCCCUGGCCGACAGUCGCGAGCUUUUACUACUUGGGCGCUUCAACGAGGCACUUUCUAUGCUCUCCUCGUUUGCUGAACGAGCUGAUCCUUCAGCGACCGAAGCCAUCUCUAUUGACCGCGGCAAGGCUCGCGUGCUCAUGACUCAAGGCUAUCCUCUGGACGUCCACCUUGCCUAUAUCGACAUUGUGGGCUGCGGCAAAACGCUGGAGUACGAGUCGGUGCUUGCACGCGCUGAAGAAGCGAUCAAAGACUUGACUGUCGCUGAGUUCGACGAGGGCCAGAUCGAGAUGCGAGGUCAUCUAGACAAGAUUGCAAUUGUCAAGCAGACUUUGACGUGCAAAGAGCAUAGUGAUUGCUUACCAGAUAUCCGCAAACGCCUCGACGCUCUCAUGCCUCAUCUCCGGGCCCUAGGUCGCUUUUAUGACAUUUGGGCAUUGUCCGCGCCAUAUCUGAGUUCCAAGACCAAGCAAGACGCAGUGAGUUGGCUAGAGGAUCUGCUGUCGGAGCCAGACUUGACGCCCUCCUUGUAUGGAUCGUUCAGUCUCGAGUUGGCCAAAAGAAGAGCAGAAAUCGAUUCGCAACAAGCUCUAAUUGAAUGCCUGUGUAAGGCCGACGCCGCUUUCGCAGAGUCUGGGCACGCAUUUGGUCGACUUGAGGUACAGAGACUACGUCUACAGCACAGUUAUGAAGAGGCGAGUGAUCCCCUGCAGGCGCUUGUGCGCAUCAUCGAGGAGAAUGUUAUGAUCGACUAUCCGAUAGGAGCGCUGCAAUCCGCCAUAUCGCCCUUGACCCUCGCAUUCAAGCGGGGCAAAUACGGCCUCUACAUUAAUCUCCAGGAAUGCUUCCACAAUAUUUGCAAAGAGACUGGGCUCAAGACAGAAGGUUUGCUUCUAGAAUUGCAACUACUCGCUGCUCUCAACGCGGGCACUGGACAUCAUGCCACAGUCCUGCAACUUGGUCGGAAUCUAUACUCUGAGUGCAAGUCUCUUCAGUACUGGACGAUGGCCUACCUUGCCGGUCGCGUCUGGUCAUUGGCGCUGACGAUGCGUGGUAGUAACGAGCAGGGCGUGAAAAUCAGUGAAGAGCUUUAUGAGAUGUGCCAUACACAGAAUUUGAAGGCUCGCUCGGAAGCAGCCUAUCAACUCGCUGUUGCUCGACAGUCCUUGAUUCGGCAGAACUCGCAGGACCGUAUUGUUGAUUGUCAGCAUCUGGUGGACUUUUUACUUCCGAUCGCUGAAUCCGACAUCGAGCAAGGCGAAAUCAGCUUGGCUUGCGAAAAGCUUAUACUUAUUGCAGGCCUCCAGUUCGAGACUGCCAGGCACUCAAAAGAUGACUUUGAGACAAUUGACCUGGCUGGCCGCAGUACUAUCGACAAAGUCAAGGUGCUGACAGGCCAGUGCCCCGUCCAUGAACGCCUGAUGUAUGAGGGCAACUGUGACGAGUUGCUCAUCACCCAAUUGUUGUUCAAGGGCAAAACCCGAUGCGACAACACUUUAGAACUCACGGCUUUGGAUAUCUGUACUAGGCUGAUCGCGGCGUACGAUCGGCAAGACAUGCAGUUUCACAGAGCGCUUAAAUAUCAAUUCCGUGGCCUCCUCCAUCAGCAAAUAUAUCAGAAGUCAAGCAAUCUACAGAGACAGGUAGACCAACUUGUCGCCGCGGAAGCAAAUAUUGGACAGGCUCUCGAUUUGUUGCAAGCUGCUGGGUCGUGGCAGAUGGCUCUCGAAGUAAGCCACUCACAUGCAAGGCUCCAUGUCGAAGCUUGGGACCUGGUGAAGAUCCCUGUUGAAGGUGUGAUGAACAGUCUCCGCCACUUCGAAUUAAUUGCGGAUCGUCAACGUCGAGAGCUGUCCAUUCUCGGAAGUCUUGACGCUCUGCUGCAUAAACAGACGUACUCGGCAACAAAACACCUUCAGGACCUGUACCGCUGGGCCAUAGCCAUCAACAGCCUUUCGGGCAUGUCUAAAGAACUGUUGGUGUGGAGCCAAAAACGUAAAGCCCGGAGUCUAAGCGAGAUGCUCGGUUUGGGCAUCAUAGUCCCUUCCGUAGUCAGGGAAGCACUGAAGGAUGAUCCUGCCAUGCCACAACUAUUGGAGGAGCUCGAGCGCUUACGGUUUGCGUUCGAGGAAGCUGCGGUGAACGAGAAAGCCUACAUCUUUCAACGUGUGGAGGACUGUGAACGAAAGGCUCGCGAAAAUGAGGUCUACAACAACUUCGCAAGUCUCCGAGACGGAGGCGUCACUGACAUCUCAGAUCUACGCCUUCUGAGUGAACCAGACGCAUCUGGCAACGAGCGCGCCGUUGUCUUCGUCGACUGGAUAACCAGAGACAAUAUCUUAUUCCUGGUGACUGCUAAUGCCAGCGCGCCCGAGACUACGUGCGAGAUGUGUCAACUGUCAAUUACAGUGUCAGCCGUGAAGGAAUGGACCACGGAACACUUUUCUACGCCAGACCAGCGAAGGGAGUGUCUGGAGCGUGACAGCCUACGGAAUCGAAGCAAACCAAUGCGUGUGCUUGACCCACUUAUAUCUCCUCUACUGCGGAUGAGCCGAGAAGGCGAUCUACUCUUACUCUCUCCAACAACCAUCCUUUCCACACUUCCUCUGCAUGCGCUUUGCAUCGACCCAACCACAGGGGCCCCUCUGAUCAAGAGAAACCCAGUCGUGUACGUCCACAGCCUCCCAAUUGCCAAAGUGUGCGCGGCUCGCGCGAAUAGUGCGGCCGGCAAAUUCGGUAAGCCGUUGUUCUUUGCAGUCUUCGACCAGGGUCGCGAGGCAGAUCUGAUCUACGAGCAAAGCGAACGUCUCGCAAGCAAGACAGCAGGACAAAGCUUUACUCAUCGCGCCGCAAGCAAAGAGACAUACAUGGCAAAGGUCAGCGAGGCCAGCUUGAUCCAUCACCAUCUGCACUGUGUCUUCAGUGCAGACAACGUACUGCAGCAGUCCAUCACUUUCCAUGCCGCAGUUCCGGACGACAAAGUACCUAGCUUGGCCGCAUCGAUGCCUUCCGCAACGGCUCCUGGAUCUGAAGACGCUCUUUCGUCGGUACAACAGGCUUUGGACAGGCUUGACGUCGAAGAAUACCUUCUGACAGGCACAGGACCAUUUACUUCAAGCCUGACGGUCGAGGAGCUCUUCAAGAUCAAUCUCAGGCGCUCUCCUCUAGUCGUUCUCAUCGCUUGUGAUUCUGCUUCUCAGGCUUUCCAGACCGAAGGAGACGAACCACUUGGCUUGAUUACCGGUUACCUGUGCGCUGGGGCCGCCUCCGUUAUUGGCGCAUUAUGGCCGAUUCCCAGUCAUGCUGGCCGUGAGUUUUCCGACGCAUUCUACGAUCAGCUGUUGCCAUCUCCAGGAGACAACAUGGAGGUUAUGGUCAAUCUCGCCGUGGCUCUGCAGGCGGCUGUGUUGACUAUUCGUGGCGAGAGCUCCACGUCGUCCACUUAUCAUUGGGGUGCGUUUUGCUUAUACGGUGCUUGGCUGUAUCAGCCGCCACGGGUCGAUGCUACGAAUGCUGCUUGA